UGGAUGUUAAGCUACCUGAUCAAGUUCCGCAAGACACCGUUGAUGGAAUCCGUGACAUGCAAUUAAAUGAAAACGAGAAAAGAACCGCUUUGAGGUUCGUGAAGGAGAUACCGGGAGAAUUAAAAGUUCAGUUGAUAAAACAAUUAAACCAAGUUAGUGUUGAUGUUCUCUCAGAAAUUGCGACAAAAAUCUUGGAGGUGCGAUGUUACGUGCUCGACAGUACUGAUUUCAUGGAUAAAUUGAAAGAGAAGAAAAUAAGAUUUCUCUUUCGGGAACUUCGAAGAGAAGGUCAGACGAGGGAUAUUGUUCGUUGGAUGAGAAAUAAAUUUCCUGUUGGCAGCACAGGUCCUGUGAAAUGCGAUGAUAACCUGAAAACCGAGAACAUGAACUAUGGCGUUAGAAAGGAAGUGACUGAAUAUUUAUCUUUGCAAGAUUGGGAAAUUCUCGCCAGUCACAGGGACAUAGAUUUGAAAAAAUUGGACAUCGGUAUGAUCAAGAAAAGGUCGGCGGAUAAUCCUGCCGAAGCUGUCAUUUCUCGAUGGGAAGCAAUGAACAACUCUUCUGUUGGCAUGAUGUACGAUCUACUGGUUGACUGUAAAUUCUACAAAAUUGCCGAUCUCUUAUGAUGGUAUAAUAAACAUGUUUAAAUACGUAGGUCUUGAAUAUAGUAGUAAAGCUCUUGAAUAUGCACCCAGUGCAGUAGUGUAUGGUGAACUGUAAGAAUUUUCGAAUGGCACUGAUUACUAAAAGUCUGUGAACUCCAUGUUUGAAACACUUUUUGUCUAAGAAACAGCGGUAAAGUGAACUGUUUCACUAUCUCUGUAAUCAGAAAAUUUUUUUAAAAACUGCUACUGUUGAAUGUGAGCAGGAUAAACACUAUACCAUACUUAUUUCAUAGCGAGAUUAAAACACGUCAGUUUAUGCAUACAUUGUGUAAGGGAAGUUGAUGUCAGCUGUGUCUUACUUCGUUUUUCUCGUGAAACGUUAGUCUUAUCGUGAAUUACGAACAAUUUGUAAUAAUUUGUUUACUUAUUUCUAUUCCCGCGCAUUUUAAAUGUAAGCAAUUAAGUAUGAAACAGGUAUGAAAAUAUGUGUGUUAAUUGCUAUAUGAAAUAAAGUCUAUCAAAUUUAGUAGACUGAGGAACGACUCGCAAAACUGUGUUUUUUCAUCUCUUACUUAUUGAAAUUUGAGAGUUAGAAAAUGACGUCAUUUAAGAUUUCAAGGUCAGACGUUCGGAACACAACGGAAUGUUAUCGUAGGUGAUCGUACGUAUCUUGGCACUACAAUCUUUUCAAAAUGUAAAGACAAUAUAUGAUCGAAACGCUUUUCUUUGUUGCAAGGUACACAAAUUUUAAGCUUUUCGCAUGAAAACUGGAGAAUACUGUGUAGCCCACUGAACUUUAUCAUGCAGAAGCGCUGCAGAGGAAACCCAAAAAAUAAUUCAAUACUUCACUAGAACUGUUCUUCAACCUUACCAAAUCCGUAGAGACAGAAUGAAUGUAUCCGACUUGCUCUCUCUUGUGUUAUAAAAUGCUGUCAUCUUAUGCUUUUAUGAUAAUUGGUGGGUUGGUUUAGAAUAUUCAUAGUGUGUGAAUGGAAUUUGAGUUCGAUGUCAACAAAAUUUUGCCAAAUCCAAUCACGUAUGUCGACAGCAAAAUGUGCACGUUUGGAAAACAUGCGAGAGAUGCAAAGUUGCUCAAUCAACAUUUACAUAAAAUCAUUGAUGCUCUUGGUGCCGCAUCGAGCAAGGCACAAGGAUUGCAUACUAUCAUCACAACUGCAUCGAAGCUCAAGUAUUCAGAUCAUGAACUUUAUAUUCUCAAAGAUGCUGCUAGUAACAAAGGCCAAGGUACAGUUAUUGGCAUUAUUAAAGUUGGCCGAAAAAAUCUUUUCUUGUUGGACAUGCAUGGCGUUCAGCACGAAGUUGUGCCGCUCUGCGUGAUGGAUUUUUAUGUGCAUCAUACAAAACAAAGAAACGGCUGUGGAAAGAUGUUGUUUGAACACAUGUUGAAGAUUCAUAAUCUUCAACCAUUUCAUGUGGCGAUUGAUCGUCCUUCGCACAAGUUUCUUUCCUUCUUGAAGAAACAUUAUGGUCUUUACAAUGCCAUAUCUCAGCCGAACAAGUUUUUGGUUUUUGAUCAGUUUUUUCGCGACAUGAGCGCUGUUGGUUUUGUACCCAGGAGAAGUCAAAGGUUGAAAUUUGGAAGUGAAGUAAAAAAAGAUCGUUCUCCUGUCCAUCAUCAUCGACGUACUUCUAGAUUAGCCAGCAAUAACUGGCCGUCAACGUCACAGCGCGAACAAAAUCUUAGCGCUAAGGGAAGCUCUGAAAAAGCGCAGAUAAUGGAUGUGAACGGCAAUAACGAUUCAGAAAUUUCUGAAACACCUUUGUCUGGGCUGCCAUCAAUUACUCGACCAACGUUUGGCAGAGAGCAGUCCACGCUCCUUAUGGGGUCGGAUGAUAUUAAAGGCAAUAGGCUAAAUUCCGGAUAUAAUGGUCGAGGACUCGCUGCUCAAGCAAGUCUUUACAGUCGACAUAAUUCAGCAGACGUAGCUAUGCAAAAUAGGCGCGAAUCGACACCGAAUCAGAAGUGGCAACGGAAUACUGUAUCAGCUGGCACAAGGUCGCUUCAUGCAUGCUCAGACGAUAACCCUCUUGCAGUUGGUAUGCACCACAAUAAUAGAUUUUCAACUAAAGAUCCAAUAAAAGGAAGACUUUCGACUUUUAAUGAUGGAAGUGUCGCAAGGCCAUAUGGUUUAUCUUCUACAGGAAAUUACACAAUUUCGUCUGUUGUUAACACACGUCAUGAUGUAAAUUUGUCCAACCAAUGUUCUUCAUGGAAUAUAUUUGGCAUACCACGUGUUGAGACGAGUCCAAGACGGACUAAACUAGAUAAGGCCAGGACAUUGCCAUUUUGAGUAAUGUAUAUGUAUAUAACACUUAACCAUUUACAUUCAGUAAAACAGUCUUAGAUAUUCUUCAAGACUUUAUUAGAA